AUGCUGCUCCAGUUUCUCCUUGUCCUCUGGGAGGCCUUGUCCCUGCAGGUCGUUCUGGUGUUUCUGGCUACAUUUCUACUUCUUUCUGGUUACAAGAGUCGCCCAAAGGAUUUCCCCCCAGGGCCCAUCGCUCUUCCCUUGCUGGGCAAUGCACUCAGUUUGGAUUUGAAGAAGACUCAUCUUUCAGUACAAAAGGUAAGGAUGAAGGAAAUGGUCAGUUUGAUGAAGACUCAGCUGGCAUGAGAUAAAUACAAAAUUGCAGCAGAAGGGAGCAGGCUGAGAUGCCCCCUGGUCUGGAAACCUGAUUCCGAGAGUCAGUAUCCAGAUGUCUUGGAGAAGACCACAAAUGGGGCAUGAAGACAAAUGCAUUUUCUGUUUGUUAAAAGCAUCUGGUAUCCAGAGGUAUAUUUUCUAAAGCUUAAGUAAGUCAGUUGAUGUAUGCUUCUAUUUUGUUAGCAGGCUCCUUUCACUCCCCCUGCCUUUUUCCUCCCUGGCCAAGAAGGAAGUCCAGAGCUAUGAGCCUGAUCUCUGCUUGGGCAGCAUAGCAAUCAGCUAGAUCUCUCUCGGCUCCUCAAUGCAGCGGAAAGUUUGCUUUUCUCAAAUUUUGCCUUAGGCACAAAUAUACAGCACAAUCUGCUGCAGCUUUGCAGCUGCAUUGUGUAUUUGCAGGGGGCUGUAUGUGUGUGAGGGGAUAUCCCCUGCCCUUGCCACAAACUCAUUUUCAAAUUUCAGGUCAAAAUUAAGAAAAAUAAUAAUUUAUUUUUGUUUUUAAAAAGAAGAUAGAAUCAGAGAUAAGAAACCUGUACUUUAAUAAAAAUAAAUAAAUGUUAAGAAGCUAGCUUUCCAGUGCUAUGGUUCUUAGAACAGAAUGCCAGAGGUGUGCUUAGUUCGUAGCUGUCAACUUUCCCCUUUUUUAAAGGGAAAUUCCCUUAUUCCAAAUAGGAUUUCUCACAAGAAAAGGGAAAAGUUUACAGCUGUGGCUUAGUUUCCAUUAGAAACUGGGCCUUUAAUGUUGCAGCUCCAGCUGCCUCGGAUCAGCUCUGUGAUCUGGGGUGAGAGUUGGGUUGGCAAACUGUUUUGGUUUGGCUCCAUAUUUUGCUAUAAAUAGCAGGAUCAUAAAAUAUUGCAGUUAAAGCAAGGCAGCUGCUUUUCUAGCUUUUUUUUUUUUUUACAUAAUCUGUAAUUGAAAUAUAUUUGUAUCUUGUAUACACACACGUUACAUAUUUGUUUCUUGAUUUUUCACAUGGGAGCUCAAGGUUGUACACAUUAUCCUUCUGUUCUGUCUUUUAUCUUUGCAACAACUCUGUAUGGUAGGCUAAAGGUAAAGGUACCCCUGCUGUUAGGUCCAGUUGCGGACGACUCUGGGGUUGCGGCACUCAUCUCGCUUUAUUGGCCGAGGGAGCCGGCAUACAGCUUCCGGAUCAUAUGGCCAGCAUGACUAAGCUGCUUCUGGGGAACCAGAGCAGCACACAGAAAUGCCGUUUACCUUCCCGCCGGAGCGGUAACUAUUUAUCUACUUGCACUUUGACAUGCUUUCGAAUUGCUAGGUUGGCAGGAGCAGGGACUGAACAAUGGGAGCUCACCCCAUCACGGGGAUUCGAACCGCCGACCUUCCGAUCAGCAAGCCCUAGGCUCAGUGGUUUAGACCACAGUGCCACCUGCGUCCCUGUAAGGUAGGCUAGACUACCAUAAAUGGCCCAUCUUGUUAAUAGAUUUCAGGAGGGGACCCAUUCAGACACAGCAUCCCAGCCCAGGAAAUCCUGUAGGCAUUCCUGCUAUUUCUGAUGAAUUUGAUGGCGGUCAAAGUUUCCUCCUUCCAUACCGGCAUUCAAUAAGCAUCAAGCAGACAGAUUAAUACAGUCAUACCUUGGUUGUCGAACACCUUGUGACUCGAACGUUUUGGCUCCUGAACGCCGCAAACCUGGAAGUGAGUGAUCUGGUUUGUGAAUGUUCUUUGGAACCUGAACAUCCGAUGCAGCUUCCGCAGCUUCUGACUGAGUGCAGGAAACUCCUGCAGCCAAUCAGAAGACACACCUUGGUUUCUGAAUGUUUUUGGAAGUUGAACGGACUUCCGGAAAGGAUUCUGUUCAAGAACCAAGGUACGGCUGUAUAAAGGAUUACAUACUCUUUCUAACUUUCUCUCCCCCCCCCCUUCAUUCAGCUUUCAGAAAAAUAUGGCAAUGUCAUCAGCCUUCAGUUUGGAAAUCUGUGGCUUGUAGUUGUGAAUGGAUUGCACCUGGUGAAGGAGGUUCUUGUCCAUCAGGGUGAAAACUUUGUCGAUCGUCCAAGCGUUCCUCUUAAUGAUGAAGUCUUUAAGAAGCUUGGUGAGUUUUUUACAAUAUGGUCAACUGUUUAAACUUAUAGAACUUUUAAAAGUCUGCCCUAAUUGUACAAGCCCUUAGAAUGUUUAAUAACAUUAUAUUUUCACGACUGAGGAUUAGAUUUUUUUUAUUUGCAUUUCCUGUUUCAUUUCACCAAAUGAAAGCAGUAGCAUUAAUGUGCGUCAGAGAAGCAUACCCUCUCAACUGUUCAGAUUGACUGAGCUUACCAUGCAUUGGGUAGCAAGUCCAGAUUUUUGCAGUUUUCUCUGCCAUAAUGCUUUUUUGAAUAUUGUAUAUUGUUUUUAAUUACAUUUGCAUUUUCAUGCCUUUUUGUCUCUUUUUUUUUUUAAGUGGAUAGCUUCAUUUCAGUUCAUUUGUUCUUUAAAGAAGUGAGAAUAGUGUUGCGUUGCAAAGCAAUCUAAUAAAGAAUAAUAUCCUUGAAAUUUGUAUUGGGAGCCUUGGAAAUGGAUCCACAUAAUCUUCCCUCCAUCCUGCUAGUCUACAUUCUCCCUAAGUUUGUGGCAUGCUGGUGGCCUGAAAGGAGCUGGAAACCAGUUCCUUUACCAAGUUACUUCCUUAGCAGAAUGGCUGAUCAGGCGAUUUGUGCUCACAGUUCAGUGAAUUUCAGAUGACCAUGGUACAUGCCUGCUUAUUUAGCCUAACUGCUGUGAAUUUGUGACAAAGGCAUCAGAAUGUCAGAUUCAGCAGUUCACCCUCAUACCUGCUCUGGGGUUGUACUUAGGCCCUCAUCAGGCAUCAUGCCACUCCUGAGAUAAAGGAGAAAGUGCAUUUGGGGAAUAUGCACACUAUCUCCAUCUCCUGUGUUCCACCAGCCUGCCCAAACCCACUGGCCCUCCAUGGAGAACAAACUUCUGUGGCAGAAAGUCAGUUGUAGUCAUGUACAUUCCUUCUGCAUUUUAGAGCACUGCAUGAUCAGGCAGCCUACGACAAUCUCCAUUUGCCCUCCAGCUCAGUUAGUCUUCAGUUACACUUGAAGGGCUUAGUUCCUCCAAAAGCAGGUCUCAGCAAGUCCUGUGGUCACUUUCUGCCACUACUCCCUCCCUCCCAGACAUUGCCUUUUUGACAAUGCCAGGAACUCUCCAACCACAAAGUCUGACCUUCUGACUUCCAUGAAAAGCAUCAACACUACCAGGAAACCUCCAACCACAAGAUCUGUUCAGUUCAACAUUUCCUAAGAAGAGCAGGUAUCAGCUAAGGGGGUCGUGCUGCUUGCAAGCUGAGUCUGACUGAGAGAGAAGCAAUCAUGGCUGCACUGACCCCUACAACUGCACUUACUACUUGCAUAAGUGGUCAUGAGUGGGGUCACUGACAUGGACUGGGGUAUGGAAAGAGUGCUGGAACACCUAAUGCCUCAUUAAAGCUGCUGAGUUAAGCCUUCCCGGUGACUCUGACUAUCUGUAUAAAGGAUGGAGAGGGCAGUGGGAAUGGAAGCAGUGUCCUUUGAGGUGUCCAGGUCCAUGGAUGCUCCAUGUAUUCAAAUAGCAGAAGAGCCCUACAGAUGAAAUAUUUUGGGGGUUUUUACAUGUUCUCAUUCUCCCCCAAUUUUUUUUUGAAAUGCUGCGCUUUUGCUCUAUCAGUGUUCCCAAAACCUUUCACACAGUGAAAUAAAGUUAGUAUUAAAAUACUAUACAAACAGUAAAGCAAAUGAAAAGCAACAGUGAAACAGCUGCAGCAGAUGCAGCAGCAAAGUCAACUUUGCAGUCUCUUCAGUAUGAUUUAAGCAGACAAGCCAGAUAGCUUAGUGGAGAGAGGAGUCCUCUUUUAUAAUUAGAAGGUCUGUUAACUCUCCUAGCUUACUAUUUGCAGUUGCUCAUUUUAAAAGUCCUUAUUUGCUAUAUGAUGAUAAUUCUUCCUAUUUAGGAUUGAUCUUCUCUAAUGGCCCUGGUUGGAAACAACAAAGACGAUUUGCCUUAUCAACUCUCAGAAACUUUGGUUUGGGCAAAAGGUCUUUAGAAGAACGAAUACAGGAGGAGAGCCGAUACCUAACAGAUGCAAUUGAAGCUGAGAAUGGUGAGCACCAGAGCCCAUAAACCAUUGGCACCAUCUGUGAUAUUAAAGCUGUCUGAAUUCGGGUCAAGACACUGCUUUGCAGUGGUUUUGUUCCUACCUGUAUGGUCAUUUCCAGAGGAUGGUUCUUAGGGAGUGUAGGUCAGCCCCAUGUGGGGUUCCCCAGCGUUCAGUUUUAUCCCCCAUGAUGAUUAACAUCUACAUGAAAUUACUGAGUGGGGUCAUCCUGAGCUUUGGAGUACAUUGUCAGUGAUAUGCUGAAGGCACACAGCUCUGCUUCUCCUUUACAUCUGCAGGUGUGGCAGUGGAUGUGCUGUUUUGUUCUAUUGUGCAUCUCUUUUCUGCCUCCGAUUAAGAUGGUCCAGGCCAUCCUAGUUAGCCACUUCUACAGAAAUGCCCUUUCCUAACCUCCUGCCUUAGCCAGAUCUUGACUGAUGAUCUCACAGAUGAGUAUGCUAGAAAGUUGUAUAAAACUCCAACACUGCACCUUUAUCUUUCAGAUACCUUCCACCUGUAGAAUAUUAGCUAUGUCCUCCUGUCGCGGAAUAAUCCCAGCCUAUAAAGAAAUAUAAAGAAGGCAAAUGCUCACUUGAAAGCACAAUGUGCCUAAUGUCUUAUACAUAACUCUAUCCCACAGAGUCCUUUAAUUACUGGGUGUAACGUUCAUACUAAAUGGUUUCUUCUGUUCAAAGAUCCAACCCUAUCCACACCCACCUACAUUCCCCACAUUUUGUUCUUGUUAUAUGGAAGCCAUAAGCACUCUUAUUUCUCUUCUACCAUCUUUUCCUCCCUCCAGGGCAGCCAUUUAACCCUCACUUUCAGAUUAAUAAUGCUGUUUCAAAUAUCAUUUGUUCUAUCACUUUUGGGAACCGCUUUGAAUACCAUGACAGUCGUUUCCAGAAGUUAUUGAAAUUGCUUGAUGAGGCAACGUACCUUCAAGGAAGUCGGGGUCAGGUAGGUCUUCUGUCAGAAACGCUCUGGCCCAGACAGACUCCCACAUGCUGGUUGAAUGUUACUUCACGUGCUGUGGGUUUUUCAUGUUAUGAUUUCUUUCUUCCACAUUCUAGUCACCCAAGCAUCUCUUCCUAUUCAUAUCCCUUUGCCAUCUUGCUUUGAUUUAGCAUUGUCUGUUGGUUGGGAUGCCUUCAGUAUUAUAAAGCAGUCAUAAAAAAAAGAACCAUGUGCUAAAACACAGUUUAGGCUAUUGAAUUGGUAAUCACAUGUGUAACUGAAUAAAAAUCUCUGCAUAUGAAAAAGUAGCACACACCAUGAGAAGGCUAAAACCUUCUCUGCUAGCUUUCCACAGGGAAGGAAUUGGUUUUUUAUUACUUGUAGGGGACAUUCAAGCGUUGUUCCUGAAUAUUUACAGAAAUAAUACUAGAUGGUGCACAAAACUAAUGUUUAUUAAUCAUUUAUUGUUGUUGUUAUUUAAUAUACAUACAUAUAUUCCAUACAUAUAUGUGAUGUUAGUGUUUGUUUCCUCAGCUGUACGAUCUCUUCCCCACUCUCAUGAAGCACCUGCCAGGAUCCCAUCAGACUAUUUUAAAAAACUGGGAGCAACUGAGAUCCUUUGUGAAAGAAAUCAUUGAAGAACACAAAAAAGACUGGAACCCAUCUGAACCCAGAGACUUCAUAGAUGCCUACCUAAAUGAAAUGGCCAAGGUAAGAGACGUAAAGGACAACAAGUAUAUAGUUGUUGUUCUUUUUAAAAAGAAUAAUGAUACUAGAAGAAGGCAGAGGUACAAUCUAAAAGGCCAGACCUAGCUAAGUGGUUUGUCUAAGCAGCCUUUGGUGCUGGCCAUAUUGUUUUUGCUGACUCUGUAUUUAAUUUGACAAACAGGUGAAGUGUAUGUGCACUUGCGUGCACAAGUGCAUAUAUAAAUAUGAUUUCAUGCCUUUCAUGGGGUGGCAUUUCCCCAUUUGCCCACUAAAUUUCACCACUUGUUUGUGAUUUGUUAGAGCAGACAGUCAACAUCACCCAAAGCAUUGUUGUAGAGGCAUAUCAUGAGAUGCCAUUUCCUCAGUUGUCUGUCUGAAUAUACUCUGUAGUCCAGACCAAACUUUGACAAGACCAAACCCAUACUUUAUCCCAACUUCAGUAAUGUACAGGAUUGUUGAUGUGACCCUGCUGGGUUCUGGAUACUCUUCAGGAAUAGAGCUGAGGAAUUCCAUGGUGAUCACUUGACAGAUGGGACUGGAACUGGGAUGAUGGUGUUCGAUGGCCUCUUAACACGCUGGUGCAUUUUCUUUGCUUCAAGGGGGAUGCUGCUCCCAGUUUCCAUGAAGAAAACCUCCUACAUUCUACACAGGAUCUGUUUUUUGCUGGAACGGAAACAACUUCUACAACCCUGCGCUGGGCUUUGCUGUACAUGGCCAUAUAUCCAGAAAUUCAAGGUAAAAUUGUAAUUGGCUUCUUUCCUUUUCAUUAUUUUGGGUUGGAUUCAGUUAAGUCCUACCCACAGUUAACCCAAUGAAUUUAACAAACUCAGACAUGCCUAUACCCAAUGCUUUUUUCUGGGGACACGCAGGGGUACGCAUACCCCUAAAAAUUUUGUGAAUCUAAUGGGAGAAGAAACAUUUUUUUAAAAAAAUUAAGUUCCUCCCCCACGAUAGUGAAUCGUCAGUUCCAUUGAAUACCAUGGUGAAUCAUCAGUUCCGUUGCUACCACAGAUGGCAGCCUAUAAAAUGGUGAUUUUCUUGAGACAAAAUGAGAGUACCCCUCAAUAUUUUUUAAGAAAAAAGCACUGUCUAUACCCAUCAGAUGUGUAAAAAAAGAUAGAUAAGUGAAGGGAAGAAUGUGGAAUUCUGGCAGGUUACAUGCUAAAUAAAGCAUAAACAGAAAUUGCUGGAAUACAUAUAGGGAAAAAACUAACGAAGAAAAUAAGAGACAUUUAUGAUUAUCAAUGGAGAAACAGAGCAGUACAGUAACAGAGAAACUACAAGAUUUAUAUAAAAGAAAUAAUGUAUUUAUAUUUAAAGAAAGUCAAUCACUUGUUACAGAGUGGCAGGAAUUAUAUUUGUCCUUUUGGGGAGAAUAACAGUUAUUAAAAUGAUAAAAAUAUUGAAAAGCCAGUUUUUAUUUCAACAUUUACCAAUUCAUUUAACCACACAUGGCUGAAAGCUGAAAUUAUGUAUGAUGAGAAAACAAGAAAAAGAGUUCAAGUUCCAGUUUUAAAAUUAUUGUAUGUCACAAACUGCAAAAAACAGUUGUAGAACCAUGUUUGAAUCAUCGUACAAUAUGUAUAUAUUUAUAUGUCUGAUAUGUGGAAGAUUCCACUACAUGAAGCACUUGGAAAAUAAAAAUUAGGUCUGGGUGAAAAAAUGAGUCCCAAGGCAAUGCUGAAACUCUAGCAGUGCAGCUGCUGUCUGCAACCCAAAUAAAGGUGAUUCCACAAAUGGGCCACAAUUGCACAGAAGCAACUUCCCUUCCCACCACACAGUGGGCACCCAGUGAUGGAACAACAUGACAAGUCUCCCCUGCAAUUCUGCUGCUCUUGUAUUAACGACAAAUCUUCUUUUCUUUGUAGCAAAAGUCCAAGCAGAAAUAGAUUCUGUGAUUGGCCAGUCUCGCCAGCCAGCGAUGGAUGACAGGGACAGCAUGCCCUAUACCAAUGCAGUUAUUCAUGAAGUUCAAAGAAUAAGCAACAUUAUACCUUUGAAUGUGCCCCGGAUGACAACUAAGGACACUAUAGUGGCUGGGUUUCGUGUGCCCAAGGUAAAUGUUAAGAAGAUACAGCUUUCUUAUCUGCCUUUACUCUUCCAUUAAGAUGUGAAAACUUGAAGUCCAAGUUCUAAAUGAGGGGUAGCUGAAAUUGUGCUGUCCAGAUGUUGUUGGACUCCCAACUGUCAUCAGUUCCAACCAGCUAAUGGGCAGAAAUGAUGAGAGUUGUGUCCCAGGUUGCAUCAUCCCCAUGUCUACCUGCAGAGUUGCACCAUACCAUUAGGCUGGCAUUGGUUGGAGAGAAACUGGUUUGUCAGUUGUAAAUCUGGACCCUUCCCACUAUGGUGUUCUGCUUUGCCCAUCAUUUCACUCCUCUACUGCUUAUGGAAUUCUAGGCUUGUUUGGCAUAACAGCGAUGCUAGCCCUGGGGCAGAUGCUAGAGUAUUCUUGGGAUACACCAUGAUCUGGAAAGGAUAGAGGGAUCUGAACUAGAUAAGCUUUUGUUUUCUUCAAAUUCCUCUGUAAAACUGGACCCAAACCACAGUCUCUGUUUGAAUAGAUAGCUAGUCAGUCUGAAAUUUGCUAAAAUCUGGUGUUUCUAACCAUAAAUUUUAGUAGUCCAGCAGACAUUGAAUAUAUUUUUAGAUCUAUAUUGGAACCUGUGUUUUUGUGGAAUGUAGUUGGAUGAAUUACUUAAUAAUGAAAAGCUAAUCUCUCAUUCAGAGCAUAUCUUUUCUGCACCAGAGAACAGAGUUUGACUCCUGUGAUUACAAAAAUAUAACACAAAGAGUUCAUGGACAUUUUUAAUCUAGCUUCUUCUUUGACAGGGAACCAUAAUGCUUGCCAACUUGACCUCUUUGCACUUUGACAAGGAUGAAUGGGAAACACCCAAUGUGUUUAAUCCUGGCCAUUUCCUGGAGAACGGGCAGUUCAAGAAAAAGGAAGCAUUUUUGCCAUUCUCUGCAGGUAAAAAAAAUGAUGGACUCGUCAUCAAAAUUUCAAGAGUUACUAAAUGGUGGAGGCCUAGUAGCUGAGAGCCUGGUGUAGUACUAACUAUAUUGUAUAUUGCAGAAGUUACCAAACUUUUUGGGCCAGUGGCCACAUUUGACAUAUAAGAAAGUGAUGUAGGCACCAGUCACAAAAUGGCUCUCUUUGUGAGUGUGGUACAACACAAAUGUUGUUGACAUAGUCCCCUCCUCCAAUUAGGCAGUGUGGGUUUUUGAGGGGAUGUUCACAGGUGUCAUAGGUGGCACUGACAGCCCACAGGGACUAGACUGGCCAUCCCUCAUGUAUUGUUAGUUUGCUAUACCCUUAGCUUAGUUAGAUGCAAAUUAGGUAGUGUGAAUGAGGUAGAUUCCAAUUAAAAUAUUUCUCUCCAACACUUCAUAUGAUAGAAAUUUAUGUACCUCAAAUGUAUGUAUUCCAGAUUCUGGAAAGCUGUGAUCAUAUUUGUUCAGUUUUCCCAUUUACUUGAGUAGGAAAUGGAUAGGACCGGCGUCUUCAUUUAUUUUGCAACAACAGAAUCCCUUUUACAGGUACAGUAGUACCUUGGUUGUCGAAAGGCUUGGCUCCCGAUCAAAUUGGCUCCCGAACACCCCAAACUCGGAAGUAAGCGUUCUGGUUUGUGAACUUUUUUUGGAAACUGAACAUUCGAUGCAGCUUCAGCUGCUUCCCGCAGCCAAUCAGAAGCCAUGCCUUGAUUUUCGAAUGGUUCCAGGAGUCGAAGAGACCCCUGGAACGGAUUAAGUUCAACAACCAAGGUACCACUGUAUUUGGUUCCUAGUCUGCCAGGGUUAUUUUAAACAAGCCACUGCCACUACUGCUUUAGCUACAACUAGUUACAAAAGGAGAAGUUACUGCAGCAAAAGCUCUACACUAAAGCAUUCUUUGUAUCCUUGUCUUCUAGGAAAGCGAGUUUGUCUUGGAGAGCAGUUGGCGAGGACCGAGCUCUUCAUUUUCUUCACUGCCCUAAUUCAGAAGUUCACUUUCCAGGCUCCAAAGAAUGAGACAUUAAGCCGUGAAUUUAGGAUGGGUCUGACAUUGUCUCCCCUGCCGUACUGCAUAUGUGCAUUCUCUCGCUAA